GUUGACACUGCUUUUACAGCUUUUACGGUACGUGACUCCACGAUGGGCCUUUCUUUCGGUUUGGGCAUGACAAGGAAUAUAGUAUGGCCACACACAUGAAGACAUUCUGAGGAUGAUACACUGUCCUGGAUGAUCUAAUGGCAGACUGUCAGUUAGCAGAUGACCAGUGGCUGGAGGGGAACUCCGGGGUCAAGGACCGGACAGUCCUCCAUGACUAUACAGCAGGAGCAGUUGCAGGUGGUGCUGGAAUGGUAGUUGGUCAUCCCUUCGACACAGUUAAGGUACUGCUGCAGAUUCAGGGAGGCGGGGAACGCUACAAGAGCAUCCUUGACUGUGUCAGGAGUGUCCACACACAAACAUUGUCAAAGGGUUUCUUCCGCGGCUUGUCAUGGCCCUUGCUGUCCAGUGUAGGCCUCACUUCCAUCUUCUUUGGGGUGUAUGGGACAGCUCUCUCUCUUCUUGGUCACCAGGGGGACUCUUCACAGCGCAGCACCACCUACUAUUCGACAAUCUUCGCUGCAGGGUGUAUUGGAGGGGUCUCUCAACUACCUUUGUCAUGCCCGGUCGAUUCGCUGAAGGUCGUACUACAGUCUCAGAUAAUCCAUGCACAGGGAGGCAAGCUAGAUACACAAAAAAGAUUCCAUAAUGGCCCCCUUGCAGCAGCUAAGGACAUAAUCCGUACGCGGGGGAUACAAGGCUUGUACAGGGGACUAAGCACACAGGCCUUGAGAGAUAUCCCAGCCAGUGGUAUUUACAUGACUACUUAUGAAGUCCUAACCCACACAACGACCAGUGUGAUGCCCACAGUUCCAUCUCAGGUCAUCAACUUCUUCUCCGGAGGAAUUAGCGGCAUCGUCAGUUGGCUUUGUAUCCUACCUUUUGAUGUUUUCAAGAGCCGGCUACAGUCAGACCCAGAGAGGAAGUUGUACAGAGGAUUGUGGGAUUGCGCCAUGAAGAGUUAUAAAGCAGGCGGAGGGAAGAUUUUUUUCAAAGGUGCUCUAGUUAUGAGCAUGCGGGCCUUCCCAGUUAAUGCAGUCACCUUGAUGGUGUAUUCUGAAUGUCUAAAAUUGUUCAACCAGUAUUUGUGAGUGGUGAUGCAGAACCGUUCCUGAAACACUGACUUCAGCCCCAAACCAGAAUCACUGAAUUCAUUCCCUACCAUGAAACACUGAACUCAGUUCCUACCCUGAAACACUGAAUUUAGACAUAACAUGACUUUAUCAACGGUAAACUGUUGCAGUCCUGAUGAUGUAUUUCCAAGUCAAUCUGUCGGUCUGUUACAAAAAUUCCUUUACUUUGUUUGAGCAAUAUCCCAGCUUUAUGACGGCGGUAUGUAAAUAAUCGAGUCUGGGCCAAACAAUCCAGUGACUGACAUCAUGAGCAUCGAUCCACGCAAUUAUGAUACGAUGACGUGCAUCAAUCAAGUCAGCGUGUUUGACAACCCGAUCCCGUUAGUCGCCUCUUACGACAAGCAAAGUCGCCUUUUGCGACAAGAAUGGGUUGUUGAAGACCUAUUCUACCCCGGAUCUUCACACGUCUAAUUCACAUUAAACGUGUAUAACUGUUUUGCACAAUAUUGCAAAAUGAACGACUGCAAUCAACAUAUCGGAUUUUUAUAGGAAGUUCUUUUUAGUUGUAAGGAUGUUUUGAAUGAUUUAGAACUGAAGCAUAGGAAAAUGUACGUAUAAAUCUAUUAAUCUGGGAGACAAUACGAAGAUAUAUAGAUUCCCUGAUUUAACUGAAAUCUAAAAUCGAAUUUGUGAUAUCAAUAAUAUAUUUCGAAUUUGAGAUAUCUAACUAUAAUUCGUUUUUUUUAUCACUAAUUAUAUUUAUAAAUACAUCGGUUUAAUCAGGGAAAUAAUACAACGAUAUAUAGAUUCCCUGGAUUAACUGGUAUCUAAAAUCGUAUUUGUGAUAUCAUUAAAUGAAUUAUUGAUUCUAUAUUGUAUUCAGAUAUAAUGCCCCACUGGGUAAUCUACAUAAUUAGUAUCAUUCUAGAAGUCCGUUGGCAUGGUUGGUCUAUUCUCAUUCUGAACAGUUGUCAUAAAAAUUAUUCAUGUUUUCCUUUAUAGAAUAUUAACAUUCUCAUCAUGAACCGUUGAUAGAAUUAUAUAAACUUUAUUUAUGCUUUAGUGAACACUUGUGUAUGUCUACUGGUCUGGAAUGUGCCGUGAAAAGUGCAUUAACAUGUAAAUAGCGUUUUUGAAAAGUUCAAUAAUUAAAUUCAUUCAUUCAUUUGAAAAAAAGAAGUUAAACCAACAACCACUUUCUGUUCGCUCGUUUCCGCCGCUAGCCCGAUUAGAUAAAGGGACAAAAUUCCCCAUACAACGGAACAAGAUAACUUAACACGGCGCAAAGAAUGCAAGUACGUACACUGUCAUAAA